UGAAACAGGAAUAAUAUCAAAGUAAAGAGAUAACCUAGCAGAAAACGGUCAGUGGGAGGAGCUUGAAAAAUUACGUCUGAGGUGUGGAACGUGUGUCAAUGUUACAACAGAAACGCGGGAUGGUAUUAUGGAAAUACGGAAAACGUGGUAAACUAAAAACUUGAACAGUUUUAUCAUAGAUGGGUAAUAGCGAUUGAAGAAGUACAAGUCAAGUGCCCUUAUUUUUGUGGACCUAGGGAAAGCAGCGUUUCAUACAUACGACGUCAAGACGUGAGUUUUGUGUAUUGGUGCCUUUCUUCAGAGUACGUGUCUGUAAGGUAAUUUUGGGGGUUAAAACUUAGCGAAGGGGGCACCAAUAGGUUUCACUUUAUGUGCAACGUCACUUGUGGCUAAGUAAAGUAGGUGCCUUUCCUACAUCUCUUUGAGCUUCAUUUGGAUGCGGUGCCAGCUGGUAGCAUUCACCUUGGUGAAGUCCAACUCCCUGAUCAUUGUUUUCAUUAGAAACUGGACUGGUGGUGAAUUUGACUGGUGGUGAAUUUUUAGAAAGACAAAACUAAAGAUGAGUGAUCCAGUGGAAGAUUAUGUGUUUGGUGUCCCUGAUGAUGAGCACUCAGAUGAUGAAACCUUUCCUCCUCUUCCUCCACCGCAGUCUCCUGGGGGAAGGGAAGAUGGUGAAGAUGAUGGACAGGUUGCCAAUGGGAAUUUGGAACUGGGAGAAGAUGAUGCUGGGACUAGAGUUGAACUUCCCACUGUUAAGAAAGUAGUAAAAAGGCCUCAACCUAAACUGGAUGCUCAGAGGUUAACCUCAGAUAAAGGACUUCCAGCUUUACGACAUUUGUUUGAUAGUGUCAAAUUCAGAGGCAAAGGACAUGAGUUGGAAGACUUGAAAACGUUAAUUCACAACAUGGAACACUGGGCACACAGACUCUAUCCGAAGUUACAUUUUGAAGACUUCAUUGAUCGCCUGGAGACCUUGGGAAGCAAAAAAGAAGUUCAGACUUGUCUCAAGCGGAUCAGACUGGAUCUUCCCAUUGUCCAUGAAGAUUUUGUAACGAAAGGUGAGGAGGAAGGCGACAGGCUCGUUCAGAGUGCUGAGGACAGGCUCGUUCAGAGUGCUGAGGAACUUGAAUUUGAUCCAUUUGUUCAAAGUCACAUUGUAGCAUCAGAAAAUGUUUCGUGUAGUACUCUGACUGAGGAGCAGCGGCUAAAGAUAGAGAGAAAUAAACAGAUUGCCCUGGAAAAGCGUCAGAUGAAAAUGCAACUCCAGCAAACUCAGGAAGUUUCAUUUGCCACUCAACGUGAUGAAACAGAUUCUCCAAAGCUUCAAGAACUAGAAGACUUAUUUGAUGAUUCAGAUGUGGAGGAUUUAGAAACUAAAAUGAAAAUACCUGAUACUGCUUCUUCACAAGAAAAUAUGGAUACAGAACUUUUAUUGGGAGCAAAUGAUUGAACAGAAUAACUUAAACUUGUGACUGACUCUAGAACAGAUGUCUAUCAGGAUUGUACACCCACCAUGUUUUCUGGAAUGAAGAUGGGAGAGUGAUGCAUCUGGUGUGCUGUCUAAUGGAACUCAUAAAGAUGGCAAGGCUGUCAUUUUUAGGCUUUGAUUUGCACCAGUCUGAUGCACUGUGCUGAAGGUAGAACUGUUGAUUGCAAGUUUCAAGAGGCAUCCCUGUUUUGACCAAUGUUUAGCCAUUCCUAAACAGUUCAUAAACCUCUGUUGUACAGGGUAAAGUUUUGUAAACAACAUUUUUAUUAGUACAAGUUAGCAGCUGUAUUGUUUGUUAAACUUCAAAUUAACUGUAGUAAGUGCAUGCAACACCCUGAACAGGCUUGCUUUUCUACCACCCGCAUCAGUUAGAUGCCCAUGUUGAGAUCCAUCUGUCCACAACCCUUUUCCCAGUUUUACAAAUGGGGUUGGGGGGGGGGGGUCACUUCAAAAGUGAAAAUCAUCUAGAUGACAUUUGUUAAUGGUACCAGGUUGACUAAAACUAUUAACCAUGUUCUUACUGCAGUGAGGUCUGAGAACUUGUAAUGUCUCAGUUAUAGAUUUGAAAAUGAUGUACCAGACUCAAACUGUGUAGUUUCUGUACAAUUUUCUUUAGUAGUACAUAAUAUUGUAACAUACAUUUCACUAAACAGGAUCAUUUUUAUGAUGUACAUCACUGUGUUUUGUAAUAAGUAUCUAUAGGUUUUUAAAUGGCAAUUAAAAUACAUACAUUUUAAAGAAUUUGUUUGGAUUUUCUUGUAGUGCAUGUGUACAGUAAUUUGUUAGAAAGUCUUGUAGCUGCUGCUCUGGAAAAGAAAUGGGGAAAAAAAAGUUUUAAUUGUUUUGUACUUAACAUUUUGUAUAGAUUCUUUGCCGUUGUAUUUUGUACUGAAAAUGUUUAAACUUUAAAGCAUUUGACUUAUUUUUGUGUAAUUGAUAACUCUAGUGCAUAUAUUUAGCAAGAAAUUUAAUUAUUUGCUUGUCACUGUGACAGUUGUGUAGUACCCAAGUUCUGUCUUUAUUGUAUUUGAACACUUUCAGCACUUACUGCUAUUAGAGGAAAUUCCAGUUUUCCUAUUCUCUUGUUUUUGGUUCUUGUGUCACUGUGAUGCUUCUUUCCAUGCCUCCUGCCACGUCUCAUGUUGGUUACAUUUGGCUGACUUUAGCCUAGAAGUAGUUGUGAAGGCACUGUCCAGGCACAGACAUGUAGCUAAAGGUGGCCAGGUGGGAAGACUGGGCUAUCCAUUGUGAGGUGGCAUCCUUGGCAUCCACUGGAAUUUUAAUACAUCCUUUCCCUUGUGACAGGAAGAUGUGGUUUAAUGAUAAGUGCAAGUGCAACUUCUGUACAUCUACUCCCAGCUACUGUGCAGUGCACUUUGACAAGCUUGUAAAAUAAUUGCCAAAUGCAGAAGCUCACUACUGGGCCUUCCCCAGUGUGGCACCUUUUACAGCAGGGCUCUUCCAGUACUCCCAUGUCCAAGAUAGGCAAGGUGGUAUUAAACAUUCACUCCCAUCUCACCCCUGGCCAACUCCUGCAGUACUUGGGCUGCUAGCUGAGCCCAUGUCAUCAGGAAGGAAGAACCAGUCAGGGCCAGAACACGCAUCCCAGUAGAGUUGUUACUGUGAUUACUAAACUCCCAUUUUAAUGAAGCACUGAAUUGCAACAUAGUACAUUAGUUAGAAGUUGAGUUCACAGAUUUCAUUUCUGUGACUUAACUUUAUGUAGUUGCAGUCAUCUGGACCUGCAUUUUAUCAGGACUUUGUAAAAUUCAGAAUUGGAUCAGUAACUAUAACUGUUCAUUGUAUGUUGUCCCUUACCUAAAAAUGUUUUAUUUGGUUGCACUGACAUUAAAUUUUAAGGAUUUCUCAGUGAAUGUUGGACUGUAAUAAACUAGAUUGUUUAACA